UUUGACCAGAUUCGAUUUCUUUUCAAGUUCACAAAAGAUUUGUCAGUAUUAUAAGAUACACAAUAAGAAUUCACUCUCUUUUUUCAGUUAGUAAUCCGAUUGGGUGCUAAAUUGUGAGGAAGCAAAUACAAUAUCUGAAAAUGGUACAACUUAUAUACACUAUGACACAAUGAAAAGGGACCCAGAAGGGAUAGUGUGAUUCCUGUGGCACUCCAACUUUGCUUUGAUGGCAAACCAGAUGUGGCCUUCAAGCAACUAGCUUGAAGAGAUAGACCAAAAUUCUUGCACAUAGUGCGGUGUGAAAAUACAUCAAUUCAUGAUGUAUCAAUAUACGGUGAUUUUAAUACACCAAACAAUGAUGGGAUGGAUAUAGAGGAUUCAAAUAACACCGUUAUUACAAGAUGCCACAUUGAUACUGGUGAUGAUGCCAUCUGCCCAAAGACAUACACAGGGCCCUUAUAUAACUUGACAGCCACAGACUGUUGGAUUCGGACAAAAUCUUCGGCAAUCAAACUUGGUAGUGCUAGUUGGUUUGAUUUCAAAAAUCUGGUCUUUGAUAAUAUCACCAUUGUAGAUUCUCACAGAGGGUUGGGAUUUCAGAUCCGUGAUGGAGGAAAUGCUGGUGACAUUACCUUCUCAAACAUAAAUAUCACUACUAGAUACUACGAUCCCUCAUGGUGGGGACGAGCAGAGCCUAUUUACGUGACAACCUGCUCGCGGAACUCAUGUUUCAAGGCGGGUUCCAUUUCGAAUGUUCUCUUCAUAAACAUAACUGCAACUUCUGAAAAUGGAAUAUUUUUAUCAGGCUCUGAAGAUGGGAAAUUAAGUGAUAUUAGAUUCAUUAACAUGAAUCUUACGUACAGAAGAUGGACAAAGUAUGCUGGAGGAUUGGUUGAUUAUAGACCAGGGUGUGAGGGACUUGUGAAGCAUAACACAGCUGGAAUUAUCAUGGAACAUGUUGAAGGUUUUGAGGUUGAAAACGUGAACAUGAGAUGGUUUGAUGCCAAAACAGGGCUGUGGAAUAACCCUCUGGAUUUUAGGCCUUCCACUGUGAAUAAUAUUUCUUUCUUCAAUUUUCACUCAGGUUUGUACAGACAGGUAGACCAAGAACCCAAGAGGAAUCAUUCUUAGUACUUGGAAUUUUUUCCAAUUAUGAAACAAUUGUAUUUUCUGUUUGGUGCAUAGCACACGUAAGUCAUUGCAGUGUUAAAUUAUGUUACAGUACAAUUUCAAGAACAAUGUAUUAUUGUAUUUUGUUCAGUACAAAAAAAGAUUUGACAA